AUGGUCAUCGUCUCCGGCAUCUCAAUUACCAAGACGAAGGCAUACAGGCUGCAGCUUUACCUUGGCUGGACAUUACUCAUAGCCGCCAUGGAAGCCAUGUCGACUCUCAAGGCAGACUCCGGCACAUCCAUGUCUAUCGGGAUCCCAUCAAUGGUCGACGUAGGUGCCGGGUUCCUCUACCAGGCGAUAUACUACCCGGUGCUUGCUCCCCUGCCGAUAUCAAAGAAUGCCCAUGCGAUGGCGUUCUUCUCCCCUUGUCGUGUAUUCACUGGUGUUUGGGGCGUGAAGAUCAGGACUGCAGUACUGCAUACACAGCUGACGUCGCGCCUUCCGACGGUGUUCCUCAAGCAGUUCUUGCAGGGCGUUGCGACUGCGUACAGGACCAUCUCUGUGAUCUCGACGCUGUCAGAACAGCUGCAGACAGAGGUGCGCAUUGCAUUCGCAGAUUCGAUUACGCUCAUCUGGCGCGUGAUGAUUGGCAUCGCGGACGUGGGAUUCCUCGCGAGCUUCGCGAUGAAGGGCUUGUCGCUGCACACGCAGGUCGACGAGCGCUGGGGCCUUGAGGAAGGAAGGAAAAGUGGAGACCUGCAGGAAAUGGAGUCGCGGAUCCAGGAAACGUAA